UUUACACAAUUUAAUGAAAUAAAUAAAUAAAAUAAACUGAGCAGCCGUGAAAAGUUGUAACUUCUUUAACUUGUCCCGGUGGGUUGCUCGAAACUCUUCCCUUCGCCCUCCCCGUCGACGUUUUACGUAGACUGCCGUGGCGUGCCUGCAAGCUGAAUAACAUGGAGUCCUUCGCCUGGUAUCUCCCAGGGAUCCCAGCUAGAAAGCCGAGCAGUGGGUAAAAAGAGCGACCCUCUCCAUGGCAGCGGCCAAAGCCGCCUGCGAGCAUCGACGCGCGGCCUCAAAGCUUCAGCUCCGGCCUCAAACUAUGACGGACGGCGUUUAAACAAACAGCCUUUCACUGCGAUACAAGAACCAGGCCGAUUUCAAGGAAGAGGAGGCUACACGAUGUAGGAAAGCUGUUUACCUGUGGGACUCCAUACUGUUCUCUGGGGGGAUCAUGGAGCUGGAUGAGCAACCUAUAACCCCAGGGACCAGCUAUGGGCCCCCACCCUUCAGCUCAGCACAGCUCAACACCGUAGAGUCUUCACGUACUCCAAUGCUGAGAGAUGGUCUGAUGUCUGCAAAAUGCACAUGGGACCUGGCUGGAGAGGAGGGCUUGGAGCAGAAUAUGGGCCCUCAGUCCAGCACAGAGCCGGGGAGGAACGCACAGAGGAGAUUCAAGUCCUCAGCCUUUCCUUCCUCCCUAAGCUGGGAUUCUGACUCUGAGAAAGAAACUCUAGAUGAGGAGGAGCAGCAGAACUUUUCUAACCCUCACGGUCUGGCUGCUCACAGCCCAGGAUCUCCCUCUUCUGGACUCAGGCUUGGUGAUGAAGACGACCAAGAACCUGAAAAUCUACAGCCCUUCCAUAGCGAGACUGACACAUCUGCCCCGGUCGGGGGGCCCGGUGACAACACUGAGAGCACAAAGACUGAGGAGCCAAAUACAUCUCAGCUUGGCCAAACAGAAUUGGCAGACAGCAAAGUCUGGAAUGUAUCUGAGGGGGCUGAGCCAUUUUUGUCCAAAGCAAAACCAAAGGAGGGGUGUCAAGUGGAGGAGGAGGUUGCACACAGUGAGAGGGAGAUGAGGUCCAAAGGAAGCAAAACCAAGGAACCUGAGAGAGAUGUGUACACCUUCCCUGGAGACUCAGACCCAGAGAGUCCCCCUCCUGCUCCAUGGGCUCAUUGCACUUUUAUUCAGCGGUGCAGGAAGAAAAGGGUGCUGCUCAGGCCCUUCUCUGGACUUGGCACAUUCACGCCACCUGAGUUGGCGAGAGCUAAAACCGCUGAGGAUGUCAAGAUGAAUCGAGGGGAAGGUGUUUAUGAUUUUGAGGAAGUUGGCUUUGGAGAGAAAGCUGUUGAGACAAUAAAAUUCAGAGACAAAGUUGGGAAAAGAGACCAAGAGGAAGAAGAAAGCACGACGAAGCCGAGCAAAGAAAUUUUCACCUGUGUCGAGUGUAGCAUCUACUUUAAAAAGCAGGUUCACCUGCAGGAGCACAUGGCCGAGCACCGUCAGAGCGGUGUGGGUGGCGGCAGGCGUUCGGGAAAGGGCCAUCGGUUUCGGUGUAAUGAGUGUGGAUGGAACCUGCCAAACCGUCUGGUGCUGGCAGAUCAUCACAGAAGGCACCAAGAGUCCCGUCUGAAGAUCCUGGAGGAGAUUGAGAAACUGAAUGAAAAUAGAAAUGCAAAAGAGAUGCAGACAGUGGUGAAGCAUGCUCUUGACCCAAAUGUUACACAAUAUACCGGCCUGGUCUCAAAUCAAGGCAAAAUGUCAGACCCAGAAAUAGGACGAUCUCCUCCUCUUUCCCCAGCUUCAGUUUCAACACCAAGCACAGACAAAGCAGUCCUCAAUUUAGAUACAGCUCCUCCAAAUUCAGCUCGAACUGCUACUCAGCCCCGAACUGUCUCUGGCUACCGCCGCCGCUUUGUCUGCUCAAAGUGUAACUUCAGCACAAGAACACCACAGGCACUGACUAAUCACUCCAAGAUCCACAACAGAAAAAAAUACGCUCUCCAGGCGGACUCUCCGUCUCCAGAGACGUCCUCGGGUUUGGCGUCCACCUCCCUGGCCUGUGGUCACUGUGCCUUCCUGGCCUCAAGUCAAACCAUACUUAGGGAGCAUCAUACACUUGUUCACCCAGGAAAGGUGUCCAUCAGCGGGGAGAAGGAUGAUCAGACCGGCCAGUCUUCAAGAUCUAAUUUGAAUACACAAAUGUCAAAAAUCCCCCAAACUUCUGAGCAACUUUCUGACUCGCUGCCUGUUGCAGCUCAAGACAAAAGCCAGCAAGAAAUCACUGCCUCUGAGGACAACACGCCACCAGAAAGUGCUGCGGCUCUGUCCUCGAGCCCAGGUGUCUUCAAAUGUGCCAGUAGAUCCAGCACACGAGGGAAGGCUUGGACUGAUCCGGCCAAGUUCAGUCAGGAGAUGGAGGAUGACGGGCCGCCUGGGAUAGAAGAGGAGGAGGAAGUUCAGAGACGGGACCUUAACUCUGAGCUGUCCCAGCAAGAGGGAAACUCACCUGUGGGAGGGAAUCUGCACAACACUGAUGACUCUUCAAGACGGCAGAGCCCUGCAUCGUCGCCACCCGCUAAGAAGGCCAUAAGGGCAGAAAACAAGCUGGGGGUGGAGAGAGAAAGAAAGGUUUUCUUCUUGAGGAGGAGCAGCAGGGUUACCGCUGCUCCAGCACAUACUGACAGCGACAAUGACGACGACGACAUUGAUGAUGAACGUGUGCGAUGUUUCCUGUCAGACGAAGACAAAGACGAGAUUGAUGAGGACGAGGAGGCAGCGAAGAGCGUGGAGAGGAAAUGCCCCUACUGCCCCGAUCGAUUUCAUAAUGGAAUUGGGCUUGCCAAUCACGUGAGAGGCCACCUAAACCGAGUAGGCGUCAGCUACAACGUGCGCCACUUCAUAUCCCCUGAGGAAGUCAAUGCCAUUGAGAAGAAGUUCUCCUAUCAAAAGAAGAAAAAAAAAGUUGCCAACUUUGACCCAGACACCUUCAGCGUGAUGCACUGCGAGUUCUGCAGCGCCGGCUUUGACACCCGGGCCGGCCUGUCCAGCCAUGCUCGAGCCCACCUCCGUGACUUCGGCAUCACGAACUGGGAUGUCACAAUCUCGCCGAUCCACAUUUUGAGGGAACUCUUCUCCAGCAGGCCGGACCUGGUAAUUCCCACAGCUCCUCCCAAGAGUCCUGGCAGUUCUCUGGAGGAAGAGGAGGAUGAUGAGGAGGAGGAGGGUGAGGAUGAAGAGGAGAAAGAUUCAGAGGAGGAAGGAAUUAUAGAGGUAAAGCUGGAGGGGGAGACAAGUGAAAGGCCUGUGUCUGCUUCGGAAUCUGAUAAAUUGGCUUCGGUAUCGCAUCAAGGCUGGAAGAAGGAAGAAGAUGAGGAUGAAGGUGAUGAAGAGGAAGCAGCCGAGGAAGAAGAUGAGGAUGAUCUGCAGCUUUCAGCUCUGGACGGUUUGAACUCCAGCGGGAAUGCUGACAGUCUUUUUCCCGAGGAGGAUGCAGACGAUAAGGUGAACGACUUGAAGUGUGAGGUGUGCGACUCUGAGUUUGAGAGCAGGCGUGGACUCUCCAGCCACGCCCGCUCUCACCUGCGCCAGCUGGGCAUCACCGUCUCGGAGAGCAGCGGGGCGCCCAUCAACCUCCUCUAUCAAAUCUCUAAGGAGCGUGACGUAGACGGAAAAAUAAGCUCAUCGCAUCUGGAGCCGCUCAACCACUCCCCGUCUGCUCCCCUUAAACAUGAGGAGCAAGACGACAUGGACUUAGACGAAAAGCCUAUCCCUCUCUCCAUCCUGGCCAAAGCACCAAAAGCAGUCCCACCAUCCUCUUCCUCCCCUACGUCCACGUCUUCUUCCGGUGCCUCUCCAGCUCUAUCACACUCUGGCUCCCCUUCCUCGGUAGUGAAGAAAGCCCCCAUUUCCUCUCUACUGCCUGUGUCUUCCCCCUUGCGCUCCCCGGAGCACAAGGCUGGGGGAAUAAAAAGUUUGACCCCCAACCUCUCGGCCACAUCCACCAUCGCAACAGCCAAACCCCUCUGGGCACCACAGGAGAGCGAUGCUCCUCUCAACCUCACACUAGAAGUAGACCCCAAUAAGGACAUUGUUUGUCAGCUGUGUGGCGCCUGGUUUGAGACCCGAAAAGGUUUAUCCAGCCACGCGCGAGCCCAUCUGCGACACUUUGGCGUGGAGUACUCCGAGUCCAAAGGCUCUCCCAUUGACCUCCUGAACCAGCUCAUUGAUACUGAUGACUUCAAGCAUAAAGCCAGUACGUUGCAGCUUGACAGCCACACGGAACCACGGGACCUCACCACAACGCUUCCUUCCCCAAAGCAAGCGCUGCUGACUCUCGCCUCCUCUUCUUCUUCGUUGCUCCUCUACAAGGUGACCGCAGCUGGGGGUGGGUCAACAUCCAAAUCUACCUCUUCCUCUGCCUCGUCUUUAUCUGGCCCACCUCCCAAGCGUCUCAAGGCCUCUUCCAUGCAGGUCUUCCGACUCAGUAGUGGGGAACUUAUGGCCCUUCCACACAAUGAACCUCCAAAGGAAAUAGGCUGUGAAUUCUGCGGUGAGUACUUUGAGAACCGCAAGGGACUUUCAAGCCAUGCCCGCUCCCACCUGCGCCAGAUGGGCAUUACCGAGUGGUCCGUCAACGGUUCCCCGAUCGACACCCUGCGGGAAGUCAUCACAAGGCGGGGUCUGCCUUGCGCCCUUCCUCUAAAACCCCUCAAAACUCCACCUUCAUCCUCUCCAGGACCCCCUCGUUCUCCUCUGUCGCCUUCCACGUCUCCCUCGGCUACCUGUUUGGGCCGCCUACCCUUCGCCUUCGCUCGUCCCUCCAGUCCUCCUCAUUCUGUACUGUCCAAAUCCAGCCCGGCUCCUCCGUCGUCUUCGAGUGGCCUGAUUCUGAAGCUGAAACCUGAGCCGGUGCAACUGGAGGUCACUGCUCCGGCAACGGUGGGGAGAUCUGGAGGUUUUUCCACCGAGUCUCUCAACUCUGGCUGGAGCAGCUCUGACAAUAUGUUUCCCCUUAACUUGGCGAUGGCCCAUGAGGUGGAGCCCACGCGAGACAUCCGUUGUGAGUUCUGUGGGGAAUAUUUUGAGAAUCGUAAAGGCCUCUCGAGCCACGCACGCUCCCAUCUACGUCAAAUGGGCAUUACGGAGUGGUCUGUCAACGGCUCGCCCAUCGACACCCUGAGGGAAGUCAUGCACAAGAGAGGGAUAGGGGGCUCUUCUCAUUCAGACCAUGGAGUGAAGAAAGAGUCGAGCCAAGUAGCUAACAGUCCCUCAUGGGAAAGUGUCAGUGGUGCCAGAAGCUCAGAGGGUUUGGGUGUUUUGGGUUACCAGUCCUCCAAAUUUCGUAAAUCUCCACUCAGUUUGCUGCAGCCAGGGUCAAAGUACCAGAAGCAGGGCUUGGGUAGAUCUUCUGCAAUCCCAUCUGCAGGGAAGUUUUUCAGGAUGUCCCCUCUGGGGAAGAGGCCUUUAUCAGAGGAGGCCAAGUCAGUGGAGACUGUCCACUCAUCACCGCAUCGGCUUAAGGCUUUCUCACCCCUUCCACAAGACUUCUCCCUCAAAAGAAAACCGUCCCCGGACAAGCCUGGACACCAGGACCCCAGUUGCGAGCUUUGUGGCUUCUACUUUGAGAAUCGAAAGGCUUUAGCCAGCCAUGCGCGAGCCCACCUGAGACAGUUUGGUGUAACUGAGUGGUCUGUAAAUGGAUCGCCUAUUGAGACGCUUAGCGCUUGGAUGCGCAGCAGGCCACAGAGGGUGUUGGAGAUGCACCGUAGCUACAUGCAGGGUAACCGCUCUGGGCUUAAGAAGAAGGCCCACUCUUCUUCCUCCUCCUCUUCCACUCAGUGGUCUUCUUCUUUGGCUGUAAGCCUGGUGCGGCCGCUGAGCCGCGAGGUCAGCCAGGGCUCUUCCAAGACCACCGAGGACGAAGCUGGUACCAGUUUACAUGCGGCUCCCAUCAGGCCGGGUCGCAGCAGUCCCAGUUUCUCACGGCUCGGUGGCGGCCUCCCACUUCAAGCACAGGUGGCUCGCAGUGAGCUGAAUGUCCGCCUGCCCAGAGGUUUUGAGCGUCGACCCUUAAAGCACCCGUCAUUCCCAGAUGGAACAGAGAGGGACAGUGGCACGCCUAAACCUCCACGCACAGGCACCGUCCCCGCCCUGGUGCCCAAGCCACCCUCCUACCCACUGGUCAAACUCGUGGGGAAGGUCUACACCCUGAAGUGCCGGUUCUGUGAGGUGGAGUUCCAUGGCCCGCUGUCGGUGCAGGAGGACUGGAUCAGACACCUCCAGCAGCACAUCCUCAAGAUGAACUACGACAAGGCUGCGCCCGCCAAAGCAGCCACCGCUGACGACCAAGCCCUGAUUCACAACUCUGCCCCGGCCUCCACCUCUACCUCCAGAACCACCUCCACCCCGACUCGCUCCACAGCCCCCAACAGCCGCUCCCCGACACCUCUGGCCGAGUGUGCUCCUGCCAUAACUGCCGCGGAGAUUGUAAAAGUCUCAGAGGAGCAGCCCUCCCUGAUUCCAACUUCCAUUCCUCUCCCCACCCAGACGGCGUAAGCUUAACUCCACCGCCAUCAGCGACUGUCAUCACCUUUUUUCAUCUUUAUCCAGUUAUUAUCCAGCCUCCCCUUUUCUUUCCUUUGGCCUUCACGAAGUGUUCAGGAGGAGCAUUUUCCCUCCAAAGAGCCCUCUGAGCCCCCAAGCACCUUUGAAGCAGCUCGAGACUGUUACGAAGUUCUGUUACCAUGGGAACGAAGCUCCCCUGGCUUAUUUGUGGAUCGGAGAUGGGUGAUUAUGGGAGCUGUCCAAGGUUAUGAGAAGAAAUGAACAAAUGUUUUGUUUUUGCCUUGUUUAUAUUGAAUGUCCAGGUGUUACUGUACCUCUCCCAUUCACUGGGAGAUUUGGGGGAUGAUGCAACCCUUUAUAAAACCUAAACCCACUCCCCCCACUCCUGUCUACUACACUUCUCCCCAACCUUUCCCCCUUAUGAACAGCGCACUACUAAAACCUUCAAGACUUUGACCUUUUUUUUAUCAAGACACAGGUUGGUUUGGCUUCAGCCUCUUACUUAAAAAGGUCCUGACUGAUCUAAUCAUGCUAGUCUUGUGGUUGAGACUAUAAACAUGUGGUAAAAGGCACUUUUAAAGUUGUCACUCAGCACUUAAUGGGAUGCCCAUUUAAACGGCGUUAACGUGGACUUGAUGCCAACUAAUUCCGAUUGGAGAAGUGGAAGCACACCCAAGAAGGGAAAAUCCCUCAAGUUAACUUUAUAACGCAACACUGUCCCCCCUCCAAAUAUACAUUUAGCUUGAAUGUAGCUCGAAGCACCUACUCAUUCCUUAUUAUGCACACAUUCAUACGCAAUCCUUUGUAUGGUCCAGUACUUUGAUGCCAUUGAUGGUUUUUACGUGGCGUGACGUUGUUUUUCAGCAGGUAGCGCUGCUGUCGUGUUGAAGGCGUAGUUGCUUUUUUUUUUAUAAGCUUUGAGAUUUUGAGAAUUGGGGCCACGGCUCUCAUGCUUACACAGUUCCAUUCACGGUGUUGCCAUUUUCUUCCUGCCUUUUCUUUUCAAUGUAACCCAAAUAAUUUAUUUAUUGUUUUGCAUCUGAAUGUGGUAAAAGUUAGAUCAUUUAAAAAAUAUAACUUAGGAAUGUUUGGAAAUAAUAGUUCAGCAGUAUGCAGUAUGAGUGUGUGUGUGUGUGUGUGUUUAGUUGGUAUGUUUUUGUACAUACAUAACAAAUGUGUUUGCAAUUUUGUCUCCCACUUUCUUUUUUUUUUUUAACUGAAGUUAACCUGCUUGAUUGAAAGAUGCCUCCUUAGCUCUGUUGCAGUCCAGUCAGGACUUAAAUGCAUCCGUCACCAUGUUAGGAUGUGCCAAAGAGUCUGUUUACUCCCAUGUUUUGCCUCUGUAAAUCUGUUUACAUUGGACCUGAUGGGGAGGUGGAGGGGGGGGACUCUGCAAAGCUACGACGGAACGAACAAGCUGCAAUCUGAAUCCACAUGGAGAUCCCUCAACUUUAAGACCCAGGCUCCUGAACCGGCCUCAUGCUAGAUUAUUAAUUAUUAUUCCAAUUAAUCAUGAAGACAAACCAAACUUCAGUUCAAGCAGGGCUCCUGAGAACUGUAAGCCCUCAGUCCAAAUACAGAAACACAUCUGACCUCCUGGGAUCAAGUCUGGGCUGUUUCUUUAUUUUAUUAUUAUUAUUUGUUACAUCUGUGCGUUCAUAUCCACCUAGAAGUGAAGCAUUAAACAAAGGGUCCAUGUAGGAAACCUUAUAAAGUUUGUUCCAGUGUUGCCCGAGCUUGAAACAUGACUGUUCAAUCCAAACAACACCCCCAGUCCAUUUCAUGGAGCAUAGAUACUUACUAUAUAACUACAUAUACUUCGACUGCUGGUGCUGAUAGAGCUAUCGGCAGUUCUGUUAGCAAGGUAGUUAAGAAAUAAGUGAUCUUAAUUCCUCUAUGGUGAUUUGAUUUUGGCAUUUGAUGCUAUGUAUUUUUAAUCGCUCUGUGCAUUUCUGUAUUUGCAGUCCUGCUAGGUGAAUCUUUUCAUUUUAUCUGUUAGCUUCUCCAAGCUGAAACUUUGGUGCUGGUGAGAGUGGCAAGUGACUGAACGCGAGGGAAAUAUUUUAACAUAAUAAGGAAAUCCUGGUAUAAAAAAGACCCCUAAAGAAAAAAAAAAACAAGUAGGCCUGUAGGGGGACAACUUUACAAGGUGAAAUAAGAUCAUCCCUCUCUGCAUUCAUGGGAUAUUAGAGGCUGUUGCCUCUUGUGGCUGCAUUGAUGUGUGAGAUGUGAACUGGAGCCUCAGCUGGUGCAAAUUGCUGUUUUUUUGUAUGUGAGUGUGUGCGUGUGUGUAUGUGUGAGUGUGUUAAAAAUACAGUGAAAUGACAAUAACAUUAAAAGGAAAAAGAUGCAGUUGAGGAAUGAACUGUACUGUACACAAAGGGUUAAGUUUUAAGUGAAUCAACUACAGAACAAACAAUAAAUGUGAUUUCAAUUUCA